AAGUCUGGCGGCGCGGGCGGGGGGGGCGAAGACGCUGGCUUGUGACAGGGACGGGGUGAGGGCAGGUCUCGGUAAGGGUCGCCUCCGUGUGCCUUGGCUCCCGGGACCCUUCGGCAUAACCCCACAGCCCGACCCCGAGGCCAGCCCGUUCCUCCAGCCUCUCUCCGCUCGACUUCGCCACCGUUAUGUGGGAAGCGUAUCCGCAGCCAAUCAACUUUAAAACAUGAAGAAAUAAAAACCAGAAAGCAAUCAUAACUAUUCCUUGGAGAGAGUUUGCAAACAUGAAUAAAAAUUAAGCAAGCCCCCUCCAUUGAGCUCAGUCAGGAGAUGUUUCACAAAACGGAAGAAUUCUUACCCAAAACAAUGGACAGUGAAAUGGAUGACAUGGACACGUCAGACACACAGUGGGGCUGGUUUUACUUGGCGGAAUGUGGGAAAUGGCACAUGUUUCAGCCGGAUACCAACAUUCAGUGUUCAGUUAGCAGUGAAGACAUCGAAAAAAGCUUCAGAACAAAUCCUUGUGGCUCCAUUUGUUUUUCCACUUCCAAAUUCAGCUACAAGAUAGACUUUGCAGAAAUGAAGCAAAUGAAUCUGACCACUGGAAAGCAGCGCCUGAUAAAACGAGCCCCCUUUUCUAUCAGUGCUUUCAGUUACAUAUGUGAAAAUGAAGCUAUUCCUAUGCCCACACACUGGGAGAACGUGAACACUGAACUCCCAUAUCAGCUAAUUUCUCUGCACAAUCAAACACACGAGUACAAUGAAGUUGCUAACCUCUUUGGGAAAACAAUGGAUCGUAACCGAAUUAAACGAAUACAGAGGAUUCAAAAUCUAGACCUGUGGGAGUUCUUUUGCAGGAAAAAAGCCCAACUCAAAAAAAGGAGAGGUGUGCCUCAGAUCAACGAACAAAUGCUGUUCCACGGGACCAGCAGUGAAUUUGUGGAAGCGAUAUGCAUCCAUAACUUUGAUUGGAGAAUAAAUGGUAUACAUGGUGCUCUCUUUGGGAAAGGAACCUAUUUUGCUAGAGAUGCCGCGUACUCCAGUCGCUUCUGCAAAGACGACCUAAAGCAUGGCAAUACCUUCCAGAUUCAUGGUGUCAGCUUGCAGCAGCGGCACCUCCUCAGAACCUCCAAGUCCAUGUUUCUCGCGCGAGUUCUCAUUGGAGAUUACAUAAACGGGGACUCCAAGUACAUGCGGCCUCCUUCCAAAGACGGCAGCUAUGUGAAUUUAUACGACAGCUGUGUGGAUGACACCUGGAACCCCAGGAUCUUUGUGGUUUUUGAUGCCAACCAAAUCUAUCCUGAAUACUUGAUAGACUUUUACUGAUUUCAUUCCCAAAUCUCAGUGGGCAAGGAAGUCUUUCUCUUUUUUUGCAGGAAGAUUUGCUCUUCUGUCAUCUAGCCACUAAAUGUUAAUUAUCUAAUACUUUUGAAACAGAUAUGAAAAAAAAAAGUGGCCUCUAUAUAAAAAGACUUACUGAA